UGAAGAUGGAUGUUGUCGCUGAUGUACAUCAAUCCUUUGAAGAAAUCUGUAGAAAAAAACCAAAAAGAGCAUCUGCCUCUUCGGUAACUAUAGAGGAAGGAGAUCGAGUGAGCACAAUAGUAAAACAGGGAAUGAAACCAUCGGAUGUAGUAAUGUCUGAAGAUGGUUGCUUAUUAGUUUCAGAUUGGAGCAAUGAAAUUCUCAUAUAUAAACAGUCAGGAGAGCAUGUCCGCAGUGUAAAGCUACCAUCAGGUGUAAAGGUCAGGACAUUGUACAAAAUGAAAAACAAUGAUUUGAUAGUAUUUGCCGAUUUUGGAAAUAGAUGCAUAACGUUAUGCAAAUUAGAUGGCGAUGUAAUCAAAUCAAUUGGUAAAGGAAUAUUGAGCAAUCCAUUUGGAAUUUAUGUGGAUGAGAAUUUAAAUGUAGUUUAUGUUGCAGACUUUGAUAAACACUGCGUUUUCAAGUUCAACAUUGAUGCUGAUCAGUUGAUCAAAAAAAUUGGAUCAGAAGGUCACAAUGAAGGUGAACUGAAUAGGCCAUGGGAUGUUACUGUUACUAGUGAAGGACAUCUAAUUGUAGCAGACUGUUGGAAUCACAGAUUACAAUUGUUUGAUAGUGAAGGCAGAUUCAUGAAGAUUCUUGUAGGUCAAGGUGAUCAAGACGGAUCGGUGAUUUAUCCACAAGCGGUGAUAAUUGAUAAGGAUGAUAACAUGCUUGUAACAAGUAGACACAAACUACAGGUAUUCAACAGUAGUGGACAAUUUAUCAAAAGAAUUGAUGAAGAUAAAGAUGGAUUAGAUUGUCCUUAUAGAUUAUCAAUAGUUUCUUAUAACCCAAGGAGAAUUGUUGUGGCAAAUCGUGGUGGAAGAAAUAUUAAAAUUUUCAAUGAAAGUUAAUCAAGUACAGUUUUGCCUACUCUGAGCAAACCAUGCUAAUAAUAAUAAUAAAAACAUACAUGUAGAUUUCUUGAGUUUGGCACAAGAAAUUAUAAACGUAUAUAAACAAAAUAGUUUAAGCGUGUGCACAUGGUCAUCACAUCUUCUCCAUUGUGUAUUCACUUUAAAAGCGAUAGACACGGAGUGGUCGCAUACAUUACGUCACUAUUAGUCAAAGACUACAUGGUACUUAAAUAACGCCACCUCAUAAUAUUGGGUUCAAAAUUAAGCCAAGGUAUUUCUAUUAUCUAUGUCUUUUUUAUUUCAAAACAUUUUUAAGCUGUCAACAAAAAAAAACUGUUCACGUGCUCUGUAUUAAGGGCGUAGGGUGCAAGGGGCGAAUCCCUUUUAAAGCUCUCAACUUCAUUAAUUUAAGGACUUAUUUGAUCGAUUUUUACCACUUAGUCACUGAUAAGUUUUACAAGAAUUGUUUAUAAAAGCAAUAUUGGGGUUUGGGGAGAGGAGGAACCCCACUCCUGCUCUUCGAGGACUAUACCACUCGUUACCAAGAAGCCAAGCAAACUUACCAAAGACAACAAUUCAAUAGCGUACCUCCAAAAUUCCCUUUUUUGUAUUAUAACAAUAUUUUGCUGAUUUUAAUUUUGCUAAUACUAUCAAUGUUUUGCUAUACUAUGUGUUUGAUCUUGGAAUUUAUCUAUUACAUGUGUUAAGACGCUUACAUAUGAAGUUAUUGGUUGUAUGAUAUGUCUGUAAAGGUCAAAUGUGAAUUAAUAAUAUGAUAAUUAUGAUGAUGAAUAUUAUCGUCAACAUAGGCUAAUAUUAUUUACAUUAUAUGGGAAUCUAUUUAUACAGGUAUUACAAUGUUUACAUAUUAAGUUACUACUAAUGGAUUGCUUUUCUUAGCCGUAUCAGAUUUUCUUCUGAUUUUUUUCCCACACGUUUUGGCUAUCUUUUUGUACAGGAUUUUUCUCACUGGCACUAUAGUUACUCUCCGUGCUUGGAUCAUUUCCAACUCUGUCCAAACAUAGACCAUAUAGCAGAGAUGUGCCACGUAAAAUAUAAUAUUCACAAUCUAGAGCGGGGUGUCGAUGUGAAGACUAAUUAAAAGGAUUUAAGAGAAACACCAAACACCGGAUACUUAUAAAACGGACUUUCUGGAAGGUUGAACCAAGUUACAAGGCAGAAAUAAUUAUGUUUUGUGACGAUCCAAUUUAGUUUAUCCAAGUAACAAGGAAACAAUUUUAAGGUUUUGGUGACGCUCUAUAAUCGGAUGUGAACUUGAGGGUCACCUAAAUUUCUAACUUCCCAGACCUAAAUAUCUCAGUAAACCUAUUGAUGGAUUUGUAUGAAAUUUUUCACAAUACCUUGUCAUGGUCCAGUGAAGAAAUUAAUACAUUUUGGUGAAGAUCCUGAGUACGAUGUGAGAGGAUCAUUCAAAGGAAAAGAUCCCAGGAUACCAAAAUCUGAUCUACUGAUAUAAAUUAAACUUUCUGGAAAGUUUAACCAAGUUAGAAGAAAGAAAUUAUUGCAUUUUGGUGACAAUCCAAAUUCACGUGUGGAUUUGAGAGUCAUUUAAAAUGCUAACGUCCCAGACCUAUUUAUCUCCAAAACUCACCAAUGGAUCUCAAUAAAACUUUAUAGUAUGAGAUAUUUAGGUCUAGGACGUUAGCAAAUUUACUGACUCGCAAAUUCACAUCCGAUCCUGGAUCGGCACCGAAGGUUUUCAUUCAGAUCAGUACAUCAUGUUUUGGUAUAUAUGGACUGGGACGUUUUCAUUUGAAUGGUCCUCAUAUCCACAACCCUAUACUCAACCGGAUCUUCACCAAGAUGUAAUUAUUUCUUCACUGGACCAUGACAAACUAUUCUUAAAAGUUAUAUUAGGUCCAUUGAUAAGUUUUUUGAGAUAUUUAUGUCUGGGACGUUGGAAAUUUAAAUGACCCUCCAACUUAAAACCUAAACUGGAUCGUCACAAGAAUUGAAUACUGCCUUCCUUGUAACUUGGUAACUUUUCGUCUCAAAAGUUUCAUUUAGAUCAGUUGAUCAGUUUUGGUAUAUCUGGUCUGGGAAGUAUCUAUGGAUGUAAAUGCCACUUUCUGUAAUAGCUUCUCAUGGUUCAAUGAAGAAAUGUUUAAAUUUUGGCUCUGAUCUGAAGUAGAGUGUGGAUAAUAUCAGUAUCAUUUUUAAAGAAUAUUUUGGACUGGUGAUUAAAUGAUAUAAACGCAAGCUUCGUUAACUAAAGCGUUUUAAACCAACUGAAGCUAGGUUAAAAGCAAACUUUUUGUAAUUUGUGUAAUUGAAAUUAAUCUAAUAAUUAAUUACUCGUAGUUGUAGGUUUAAUUUUAAUUGGUAGAAAGGUCCAUUGAUAGGGGUAUAUACUGGAGGUAUAUGAAAUUAUGUCUUUUAGAGAAAUUUGAGAAAUGAGAAGAAAAUUGUUUUCAUGUCUAUGAAGUUUCGGAAAAUUAUAUAUUUGUGAAAUGUACCGAUACAUUAUUUAUGAAUAAACAAAAGUUCAAUAAUGAUGUAAUAACGUAGACACUUCAUUUUAAUUUCAAAUGAAGAAAAUACAAGCAAUAAUUAUAUAGGUUAAUGUCUAUCGAUUAUAUUAUAAUUUUGUAUGAUUAUCAUCAUCAUCAUCAUCAUUGUCUGGGCUGUGUAAAGCCACUGCUGGAUAAAGCCCCCCUAAAACAAUAUCCAAUCAUUCUGUCGUCUGCUGCUGCUCUCUUCCAUGCUGCCGUUUUCAUAAUAUGUGGUUAUUUCGUCUCUCCACAUCUUUUUUUAGACAUUCUCUCCUCUUUUUUUUCCUGCCCGAGCUUGCCAUUCUGUGAGUCUUUUUGUCUAUCUGUUAUCUUCGUUGCUUGAUAUGUGUCCACCCCAUCUGCACUCCUUUUCAUUGAUAUUCUCUAUAUCCUUUACCAUUGCUUGAUUUCUAACGAUGGGGUAUAUCUCGAAUGUUGAGCAUACUCAUUUUCAUAGCUCUCUGUUGGUUAUUAGUUUGUUUUUCGUUUUAAUUUCUUUUGUAGUUGACCAUACCGCCGCACCGAAUGUUAUAAUUUUAUUCAAGAUGCAUUGGUUGAAGAUUUUUUUGUCGAUGAAUUUGGCCCAUUACUUUUAUCAAAAUGAUUUUUGAAAUUACAUAUUUUAUAUUCUGGUAACUAUGUAUAUUGUAGAGCUUUUUUAUAUAGUGCUGGCAUAAAGCCAUGUUAUUGUUAUGCUGUAGGCCUAGAUCAAUAAACGUUUCCGUUAUCCCCGCCAUUUGAGUAUUGUUGCUAAGGUAUUAAAAAACGAUAGCGUAACCAUCAGUACAUGCAUUCACGAAUCCAUUUUCCCAUUAAAUUCACCUUCCAAUCCAUCUGUUUGAGUUAUUCCAUCUGUCCAUGUGAUUGUUCAUCCACAUUAUACAGAACCCUAUCAAUUUACCUGUACACCUAUUCAUAGGUCAAAUUUGUUGUAUCAUUUUUGUUUUGUUUCAAAAUAAUAUCAUAUUAAAAGCAUAAUUAUCUACAGAUAUAGAGGCAAAUUAAAGCAUGUAGAUUAUUGAUUUGGUGAGCUAAUUACCUAUUUUUGUUGGUUAGGCUGUGCUUCAUUCAACAAUUAAAUUAUUGCACGAAAUUAAUUAUGAAAAUGAUGAUAUAGAGGGCAGUAUAUGACUAUUCUAAACAAUUGUAAAAAUAGUGGCAAUAUAACAUAGCAUAUCAUCAUAUAAUACCACGGUGGAAAUAUAAUAUAAUUAUAUAAUGACAAGACACAGACCCUCUAUACUAGGAGGCGAUUGAUUGAAUUCGAAUACAGUACA